GUGCUGCACGCUCGGGUGUCCGGGAUGUGCUGAUUGUUCGUGCUCAGGAGCCGCUGUCUGUCUGCUCACGGCUGUUAUUCCGCAUUUCUGCUGCUGCUUCGGAGCGGUUGUCUGUGCACCUUUGGGUUCAUUUCCCCACGUGCCCUCAGCUGCCUGCUCACCAGUUCCAUAAAAGUACCCAGGAAAACACCUUGGCAGCUCUUACACAUCAGGCACUGUUCAGCACCUCAGCUUUAGUCCUCAUACCUCAGCAGAAAAAGCUCUGACAGUGCUGCUUUGCUAAAGGCUCCUCUCUUAUCGAUUAACCUUGGAGCUGUCAGCAUUCUGAAGUUUAUUUUGAUUCGCCGUUUAUCUCCACGGUCGAUAGUUGGCGUUUUGCAUGCUCAGCUCGGGUCUGUGGUUGCUGCUGUAAUUUAUGCCACGUGCUGCAUUUGCAGAAAGGUCUCUGUCACCUCUAGCAAAGAGCAAAUCCCAUUCUUGCGUUGCUCAGAGCUGAGCCUUUGUCUCACACUGGAGUGGUUUUGGUGAACGUGCAGCUCAGGGCACAGCCUGGCCAGCGAACAGCUGUGUGUUCAGUGCUGUCCCGUGACCCGAACUGUGGUAGAAAGCAAACGAAGACAUCCUUUAAACUAAUCUUAGAGGCUGUAAAUCCUUCAGAUAGAACCCAUAUCUCGAUUGGACAGAGGUUAAAAAGAAACACUGACAUCCGUGCAGUUCACUCUUAUCACCUACUUUAGCAUAUUAGAUUAACAGUGCUACCAGAGUGAGACCAAGUCCAAAUAACAUGCUGGACAACCUUUAUUCUCUUGAAAUGCCAGUUUCCACUUCCUCCUUUGCACGUACCCAAAUAGCUCGGAGGAAUCACGUUGCUCCAUAUUAAGUCCAUGAUAAAUAACAAUUAGCAGCAACAGCUGAGAAUUAAAAACUCUUUCCUCAGUAGGAAAUACUUCGCGUUAGUCAAGAGAAAGUGUCAGUGGAAACAGUAGCAGUCUCAAAUAUGGAAAUGAAGCAACAGGAACAGAGAUGAAAUGGCACGAGGCUGGGAGGGGAGUUAGGAAUAUUCCUUCCAGAAAAGGUUGCUUGAUAAAAAUAUAAUGGUAGGUACAAAAAAAUCAGACAGGGACAACAAGGCACCACCAUUACUCGUGCUUGCAGAUCACUGCAAUUCUCACUACUGCUAGCUUGAAAUUCUGCUUACAAAACAGCUUCACUCAUGAGGGGCUGAAUGGUGCUAACUGUGAGAGGAAGUGGUCCUCAAUUUUCCUCGCAUGGAAAAAAUAAACACGGUAAGUUAUGUGAAGUAACACCCUCAUUUCUCUGAGCUUAGUUUACAAUAGGACACUGUAUAUUGGGCAAGUAGUACAGAUCGGGGCCACAUCUGCAUAAUAAAGACAACACUCCAGCACCUUACAUCUUGCAAUACUGUAAUUACAGACUUCAUGGUUGGUAAGCAUAUUUAAAUACAACUGAGCCCAACCACAUUCUAACCUAUUUGCAUUUCAUCCUCACAGAUAGAAUCAAUACCCGUAACUGUUUGAUGUAGCGACAGCUGUUGCAGUUUAUAGAUUUAGUGAGAGAUGAUGAAAGAGGGACUGCUGGGCUUUGCCAAACACCCCUGUAACUUACAUGUGUUUAACAACUACACCUUUGACCCAUUCAGUUGCAUUGGCAUCAGCUACUUUGUGCUGAAAACAUGAGUUCAUGCCUAGUAGAAACGACUUAUCUUUAAGGUAGAGCUGUCUUUUUUAUUCUCAAUACACUCUUGAUGAAAAACUCUUACCUGCAGAGCUGUAUUCUGAGCGCUGGACUGAGCGACAGCAUGCGCACACACACAGGGAGCAGUGCCAGCACUAACAGUGACACGGUGCUGACUUCACAUGACUCGUCUGGGAGGGGACAGCCAACUCCUGCCUGGAAACACCCCGGUGCCUAAACCCUCAUAAAGUUUCCGCAGCAGUAGUGAAAGGUGAGGAGUUGUGCUCUGAGCAGAAACAAAGGACCUCUCCUAGGCUACAGCCAGCGGGAGGUGAGCAAAGAGACUGAGCUCAAAGGUACUGUGGCUUGAAAAUACCUGAUUGAAACUGAAGAAAUAACUAAAAGGCACUGCCAUGUGUGUGUUUAAAAUACAAUUGUAAGCUUUUCUAGGAACUGUAAUUGCCUUCUGAGCUAUGCAGAGCUUGGCACGAUAGGAGACCCACCAGACACAACAUCUAGUCCCGUAUCUGACUGUACAGUGUGGCUGAUGUGCAGCUUUUGUGGAGAGCAGCAUUUUAGAACAUGGCCUGGACAAGCUAGUGCUUUCUGAUAGCUGAAAUGUAAAAGAUGAAGCAGAGCUCAUACUUAGUUGUUGGAGAAAUGAUGAAUGAAUUCCUCCUUUCUGAAACACGGCAAGAAGAAUACUCCCAAGACGCUUGCUAUCAUCACAAAGAUGAAGAGAGACUCUGGGUAUUCCACCAUGGCUGCACAUCAGGAGCAGGAAGAGAAGCUCUGGGCUGCUGUGAAGAUGUCUGCCCUUGUCCUUGGCUCAGCCCUGCUCAUAUUCACUGCCUUAAUGAACUCUGUUUCUUGGUGCGUGCAAAAGAUCUGGGAUACUUCAGGCUACUUUUGGCAGACAACAUGGCUGAAGCUUUACUACCUGUUUGAGGGAAGGGAAUGGUCACUUUUCCUCUUUGGGGCUGCAUUGGUUCCUAGCCUUGCUUUUUGGUGCUUCAAUGGAAUCCUUAUGGUGGCUGAUGUAACAGGAAAGCCAACUUUCAUUACUCGGUAUCGCAUUCAGCUGGGCAAGAAUGAUCCUGUGGACACGCAGAAAUUGCGACAAGCCAUCUACACCGCGCUGUUUAAUCAGUUCUUUGUCUCCCUUCCCAUGCUCGUGCCCAUGUUCUAUGUAAUGAAAUGGUGGGGCAACACCUUCAGCAAGGAAUUACCCACUUUCCAAUGGUUUCUUGUGGAGCUGAGCAUCUUUACCUUAAUAGAGGAAAUCCUCUUCUAUUAUUCACACAGGCUCGUUCAUCUCCCACUCCUGUACAAGCACAUCCACAAGAAGCACCACGAAUGGACAGCCCCCAUUGGCGUGGUCUCCAUUUAUGCUCACCCAUUAGAACACACACUCUCCAACACGCUGCCUGUCAUGACUGGCCCAAUGCUCAUGGGGUCUCACAUGGUUUCAAUCACAGCGUGGUUCUCCCUUGCUCUUGUAACAACGAGCAUUUCGCACUGCGGUUACCACCUGCCCUUCCUACCAUCACCAGAAUUCCACGACUUCCAUCACCUCAAGUUCAACCAGUGUUAUGGAGUCCUGGGAGUGUUGGAUUAUCUGCAUGGAACAGAUGAUGUGUUCAGACAAAGCAAAGCCUACGAGAGACACAGGGUCCUCCUCAGCCUCACCCCGCUCUCCAAAAGCAUCCCUGAUAUACCCAAGAGAGCAGGGUGAACCCUCCAGGCUGCAGCUCCUGCAGAGCCCAAGGAUAAGGAGAGGAAGAGACAAUGAUUUACACUAAUAUUUUACUUGUGAAACAAGCUAUUAUUCACAUGUAAUGAAUCUCAAAACUGAACUUAAACACAAUACUUGAGAUGACUUCAUGUACUGCCUGUUAUUCUCCACCUAAAGCAUGAAAAAACAACUCUAGAAAGGUAUUUCUAAACCACUGCACUACUUCUUGGUUCCAGCUGCCUGCAUGUAAGAUGAAUUCUAGGCUAUGUGGUUUCAAGACCUGCUGAAUUUUCACUGUUAAGGUUAUAGCUUCUCAUAGACCAUGUCAUGGCCUCUUCCAGCAGCAUUCUCUAACAAUACCAGUAAGGUCACUGUAACUACAUACACAGG